AGCCCAUCGCGCGCCCCUGCAACCCGAGCCGGGACGCCGGCCGCGAGCGCCUCGCAGUCCGGCAGGCGGGCGGGGGCUGCAGCCUGCAGCAUGGACUCGGACUCCGGCGAGCAGAGCGAGGGCGAGCCCGUGACCGCCGCAGGUCCUGAUGUUUUCAAUUCAAAGAGCUUUGCCCUUCAAGCCCAGAAGAAGAUUCUGAGCAAAAUAGCCAGCAAAACUGUGGCCAACAUGUUGAUUGAUGACACCAGCAGUGAGAUCUUCGACGAGCUCUACAAAGUCACCAAAGAGCACACCCACAACAAGAAGGAAGCCCACAAGAUCAUGAAAGACUUAAUCAAGGUGGCAAUCAAAAUCGGGAUCCUCUACCGGAACAACCAGUUCAGCCCAGAGGAAAUCAUUAUCGUGGAGAAGUUCCGGAAGAAGCUGAACCAGACGGCCAUGACUGUUGUCAGCUUCUACGAGGUGGAGUAUACCUUCGACAAAAACGUGCUCUCCAAGCUCCUGCACGAGUGCAAGGACCUGGUGCACGAACUGGUGCAGCGACACCUGACGCCCAGGACCCACGGACGCAUCAACCACGUCUUCAACCACUUUGCUGAUGUAGGGUUCCUCUCCACCCUCUACAGUGGAGAUGGAGACUGUAGGCCCAACCUCAAGAGGAUUUGUGAAGGGAUCAAUAAAUUGCUAGAUGAGAAAAUCCUUUGACUGUCUUCCCUUUUCCUGGACUCUGCUGUGUUCAACUUAUAGCGCUCAAUGCAGUCUGGGUGAGAAACAAGAAAACAAGAAGAAACCUUGUGGACGAUGUCUGUGUGCUGUCCUCCUCGUCCCUCUGAUGUUGCUGCCGGACUGAGUGGCGCUCAGGGGAGGGUGUCCCGUAUACUCCUGACAAGGUCUGUACUUAUGAUCGCCUUUGAUUGCAAGCCCAAAGGACGCACUAUUCUAAGCAGAAAGGCUGCCCUGCUCAGAAGCUGAGCUCCCUCCAUUGUGUGGAGCAGAAGGAACCCUUGGACCAGGUGUCGGAGGACAUGGAUUUGAUUCCUAGCACCACCACUUCUGACUCCCUCCUCUGGGUCACAGAACUGUGAUGCCCACCUGCCUGCCUGCCUGCCUGCGUGCCUCCCAGGACAGCUGUAAGCAUCAAGUCAGAAACACAUGUUCCUGCUUUUGAAAACACACAUCUAAAGUCUUAAUGUGUUCUCUUUGGAGUGUGAGAGAUGUCUAGGCGAUCAAGCAGCAGAGAAGAAGAGAAUAGUAUCUAAUGGGCUGGGCUUGCAAUCUGUCUCUAGAUGAGCUGUUUCAAACGAAAUAAUAAUGAAUCCAAAGUUGUGUGUAUGUGUGUGUGUGGGGAGAUACAGCUGCCAACUGGAGAAAGGUAUUCCAGAACGGCGUCCUACAUGCAGGUUUGUGGACCUGCAGAGGGAAACCUUCAGGGGCAGGAGUGGGCGUGGAGGGAGAGUGGGGGUAGAGAAGCAGGUUUACACUCCCCUGUACAACUGCCUCCUUAUGCUCUUGGGGCUCCUCCUGUGAGGCCAGGGGGCAACUGAUUCCACAUGUAAAGGACAGUGGGGCAGAACGAAACCCUAUCGUCUUUCUUGGCCUUUUGUGGUCAUUUUGUGCUGUUUUCUCGGGUCUGUUAAUAAACCGAAACUGACCUUCAAACAAGAA